CGCAGGAGCUAAGAGGAAGAAAGUACAGGGAAAUGUCAACGCAUCAGAUUUUCUCUUGAGAUCUUGCUUUCGAAAACAGAGUGGGGCAACCACACAACAUAAAAAGAGAGAGAAGAGGAACAGCAUGGACCGACCAGUGGUCAAGAUCUUCCACUACAAAGACAAGGAGCAGUCCUCCAACCUGCUCCUGCAGCUCAACGGACUGAGACAGGAGAACAUCCUGAUCGAUGUGUCACUGUGUUCGGAUAACACAGAGAUCCCAUGCCAUCGCAACGUCCUGGUCUCCAGCAGCCCCUACUUCAGAGCAAUGUUCUGCAACAACUUCAUAGAGACACAGCAGACUAAGAUUGACUUACAGGGCAUCACAUCGGCCAUUUUGAGCAGUGUCAUUGACUAUGUUUACACAGGACUCGUCAGUAUCAGCAUGGAUAUCGUGCUGCCUCUGAUGCAGGCGGCAUCCAUGUUGCAAUAUGGCCGCCUUUUUGAGGCCUGCUCGAGCUUCCUUCAGGAGCAACUGAGCCCUGACAACUGUUUGAGCAUGAUACGGCUCUCUGAGAUCCUGAAUUGUAACAGUUUGAGGGACAAAGCAAAGGAGAUGGCCAUGAAGAGCUUCUCGGACGUGUCAGCGUCUGAGGAUCUGUGUGAGCUCUCCCUGCCAGAGCUCAUGGGAUACCUGGAGGAUGACGGUCUUUACGCGGAGGAGGAGCAGGUCUUUGAGACACUGGUAGCUUGGAUCCACCAUGAUCCUUUAUCCAGGCGUGGUGCAAUCAGUGACCUUUUCAAGAAAGUUCGCCUCCGCCACAUCCAUCCCACAUACCUCUUUCAAUUCAUAGCCAACGACCCUCUGAUCCAGUCCUCCACAUUCUGCGCCGAGCUCAUAGAAUCGGUCCGACGCCUGAUGUUUUCCGUCAACACGAAAUGCGUUGGUGACACAGCGGUUGACUUCAAACCUCUCUGGGUUGCACCGAGGCGCUACUCCUCCCACGACAUGUUGGUGGUGGUAGGAGGAAGGAAGAACAGCGAGCAGACCUCGAGGGAGGCCUUCGUCUUCGAUGAAAGGAGCGAGACAUGGCAGCAGCUCGCCAAGCUGCCCAUUCGUCUGUAUAAAGCCUCCUAUGUUGCCCUUCACAGUGUCUUGUAUGUCAUCGGAGGCCUGACCACAAACACAAAGAACUGCCAAGUCAGCACGACCGUCUACACCCUCUCCCUCAAGACCAACCAGUGGCGGACAGCAGAGCCCAUGCUGACGCCACGCUUUGCCCACCAAAGUGUCUCCUACCUCCACUUCAUCUUUGUCCUGGGUGGCCUUGGGCCUGACAGACGACUGACGGACAGCGCGGAGAGGUACAACAGUAUGUUCAACCAAUGGGAGGCUAUGGCGCCCAUGCCUGAGGCUGUGUUGCACCCUGCAGUGGCUGCUUCUAACCAGAGGAUCUACGUGUUUGGAGGAGAGGACGCCAUGCAGAACCCAGUCAGAAUAAUACAGGUGUAUCACAUUGCCAGGAACAUGUGGUCUAGGAUGGAGAACAGAACCGUGAAGAAUGUGUCUGCUCCUGCUGCCAUUGUGGAUGACAAAAUCUACAUCAUUGGAGGAUACACCAGGAGAGUGAUCGCAUACGAUACCAAUGCCAACCGGUUCAUCAAGUGUGCCAACCUGAAGGAGAGGAGGAUGCACCACUCUGCCACCGUCCUCAACAACAAAGUCUACGUCACAGGCGGACGUCACAUCAACGGCAAUGACGUCAUCGAGGAUUCAGACAAUUUCGAUUGCUACGAUCCAAAGACGGACACUUGGACAUCUAAGGGGACUCUGCCGUAUAAACUGUUUGAUCAUGGCUCGCUGACUUUGACGUAUGUCUCAAACCAUGGGCAAAAUCAUGGCUGAUCUCUGAUGUUCUCCUUUAAUGCUAUUAAUUUGAAACCAGUUUAUUUACAACUGUCAAUCAAAAAGUGUUAAUGCAUUAUUCCAACCAAAGGACUCAUUUAAAAUGCCUGAAUCAUUUCUAUAACUGGGAAUGUACUUGUUCCAUGUCUUUUCUAUGUUUAAACAACCAAACCUAUGAAAACAGGCUAUUGUGUGCCACAUCCCCUUCUCAACCUGUCUUGACUUCACAGAAGGUGAAAGUGCUAUUUUCAGCCUGCUCUAAAUCAUGAGAUUUCACUUGUCAUGAUUAAAUCCCGGGGGCUGUGUUCUGUGUGGUGCUCAGUCUGACUGCUGCUGUGUCUGGUGAAAGUUUGGAUUACUUGUUGCUUUGCACUACAAAAUGAUGAUGAAAAUAUUGUUAUAACAUUGUCACCAAAUAUUUCAUGCAGUGGUGAGAUCAGAAUAAAAGCAUAGGAAUGUGUUCAAAGUAUAAAUUUAGACUGAAUUUUGACUAAAUAUGACUUUUGGCAGUGUUUUUUAGAUUUUGUGUUUUUUUAAAGGACCCAUUACCCUAGAAUGAUAUAAUGCACAAUAUGAUUCUACAACAUAAUUUACAUAUCUACUGUAUACUAAAAUAUUAACUUCUGACCUUGUGUGAAUAGCCUCAAUUUCUGUAUUUAGUAAGAUACAA